CGGGAGAUUCUGCUUUUCCCAACGUAGAGACAAAAAGGAGAACGCAGUCCACACACACACAGUGAAGCGAGAGAGAGAGAGAGAGAGAGAGAGAGAGAGAGAGAGAGAGAGAGAGAGACAAACUCAACGAGCAAUUUGAUUUCAAAUUUUGAAAUCCUCCACUGUUUCUGAUCCAUCAUGCCGCCUGGUGCGAAGAAGAGGAAGGCGUUGAAGAAGAAGCAGCAGCAGCAGCAAGCGAUUGGAACAAGUACGAACAACAAUAACGGCGAUAAUCUCCACGGAGGAAAUGAGGAACAUGGAAGCCAAGAUGAUAGGGAGAGUGAUAGCAACUUGAGCUCCCCUGGCUCUCAAGGAAAUCAAGAAUUUGGUGGGACCAAAGAUCCGUCGGCUGCUAUGGUGAAGGACACUGCUAAAGAGAUAUCAGAGGCUACUCAGGGACUGGAACCAAACAAUGGAAAUGUUAUUGCAGUUGAAAGAGGAACGGAUGUGGAGAAAUCACCCAUUUCCUCUUAUGAAAACAGUACUCAGACCGCCAAAAACGUAGCUUCUCAGGAUCCUUGUGUUAAGGAGACAGCUCCUGUUGUCGAUUCUGUCUCCAAAGUGGUGGUUUCUGAAGAGAGUGAGCAUGCUGAGACCUCAAAUUUGGUCAAACACAAGUCUGGUGCUGGUGAAAAUGGUAAGGUGGCUACUCUUCCUGGGUCUGCUUCUGGAACAAACAAAAUGGUAGAGAAUGCAAGAGAAUCUGAAGUUCCAUUAUCCCCUGAGGAAAAGUUGGCUGAAUCUCUUGGCCGUGUGCAGCGUCUUUUGUUGCCUGGUCCAUCAGCCGUCCGUACUUCGUGGUUAAGUUGCUGCGGUUUGUUUGAUGCGAUGACAGGAUCUGACAGAUAAGCACAGAAUAGCAGGAGUGAGAUGAAGGUGGACGCACAUGGCAGCCAAAGCUCAAAAACAAGAGAAAAAACAGGAUUCACGGUCGGUACACUCCUCUGUACAUCAUCUUUGAUAGAUAAUAAUGUGUGCGGCUUUUAGCAAUAAUAUACAAACAAGACCAACAUGGUUAAAUUUUCAUUUUCUUUCUUUGAAAUACAUUCUUCAUUUGUUCAUUAAAAGAUUUUAGAUUCGUGAGACUACAUAUAGCUCUAUUUUUUCUUAUCAAUUACCAUAGUUAUCAUUUA